AAGACUAUCAAGCCUACAAAUAAUCGAAUACCAGUGAAGCUCAUUGAAUUAAGAACAAUCAUAUAAUCAACAUUUAUAAAAUUGGAACGAUAUAAUGGGUUUAUCGGGUCGAAAAGAAAAACAGAAGAUAGGUGAUGAUCCAAGGAACACCAAAUGGGCGCGUAAUGAAGCCAAUCCAGGUUUCAAAUUAUUAUCUUCAAUGGGUUGGACACCAGAAGUCAAAACACUUGGUCUAACAGGAUCUUCUUCAACAACAAUGACAACAUGGAAAAAAAGUCCAUCAGGAGCUUUACCCAUUAUCAAAUCUAACACAUCAGGUAUAGGAGCUAAUCCCAAUAUGGCACCAUCUUAUAAUGGAAUUGGUGGAGCACCUUGCUUUGUUUCA